AUGACUCGCUUCACUCCUUUUCACUUCAUCAUCGUUGGUAUCAUGGCCGUAAACAACAACGAUGUUCUUCAACAUAGCAAUGACACCGUUUUACUACCGAUGAUUGGCGAUGAUAAAAUAGAAGAAUUUUUAGAGAUAAUAAAAGUUGUAAGGAAUAGAACCCUCUCAAAAGAGGAGCGCUUGCAGGAAAUUGGACCUCUUCUGCACAACUAUACUGAUAGGAUCACAUUGGAGACAAUAGGUAAUCUCACUGAUCUGCAUGAUUUCAUCAUGGAACGCGUUGAAAACGCUUCUGCAAGAGUGAAAGAAGUAUUUCACAAAAUUUACGAUUUGACUGCAGAUAUUGAUUUUGACAGGAAAAGUCAAGCUGAACAAGAUAAAGAGGUGGACAAACUUUACGACAGUCUCAGUGAAGCAGAAAAGAAUGAAGUCAAGGAGCUGGAAGAUCUACAUGAGCAAAAAGCGAGAGAUCUCGGAGUUGAAGAACUUCUUGGAUCUUUGCCAGACGAUACGGAUUGA